AUGGCGGGCGGCGCGGCGGGCGAGGCGCAGUGCCUCAGCUACACGGGAUGCAACUUCCUGCGGCAGCGCCUGGUGCUGGCCACUCUCAGCGGGCGGCCGCUGAAGAUCCGCAAGAUCCGUGCCAAGGAGGAGGACCCCGGCCUCCGCGAUUUUGAAGCAAGUUUUAUUCGUUUGAUUGACAAAGUGACUAAUGGCUCACGGAUUGAAAUAAACCAAACAGGUACUACCUUGUAUUAUCAACCUGGUCUCCUGUAUGGAGGCUCUCUGGAACAUGACUGCAGCCCCAGUCGUGGUAUUGGCUACUAUUUGGAAAGUCUGCUCUGCUUGGCACCUUUCAUGAAGCAUCCAUUGAAGAUUGUCUUGAGGGGAGUAACAAAUGAUCAAGUAGAUCCUUCGGUUGAUGUCCUUAAGGCAACAGCUCUACCCCUUCUGAAGAAGUUUGGAAUUGAUGGUGAAAGUCUGGAAAUCAAGAUCAACCGAAGAGGAAUGCCUCCCAAAGGGGGUGGAGAGAUACUGUUUGCUUGCCCAGUGAGAAAGGUCUUGCAGCCUGUUCAGUUCACAGACCCUGGAAAAAUCAAGCGCAUCAGAGGAACUGCAUACUCUGUCCGAGUGUCACCACAGAUGGCAAACAGAAUGGUGGAAUCUGCAAGGGGCAUCCUGAAUAAAUUCCUCCCAGACAUCUAUAUCUACACAGAUCAUAUGAAGGGGGUCUGCUCUGGAAAAUCACCAGGUUUUGGCAUGUGCCUUACUGCAGAAACCAUCAAUGGCACUAUUCUCAGUGCUGAGCUAGCCUCAAACCCUCAGGGCCAGGGACCAGCUGUGCUUCCUGAGGAACUGGGCCAGAAUUGUGCUAAGCUGCUUCUUGAGGAGAUCUACAGAGGAGGCUGUGUAGAUUCAACAAAUCAGAGCCUUGCUCUGCUCCUUAUGACCCUUGGACAGCGGGAUGUUUCCAAAGUCCUGUUGGGACCUCUGUCUCCAUACACAAUUGAGUUUCUGCGACACCUCAGAAGCUUCUUCCAGAUCAUGUUUAAAAUUGAAACAAAGACCACUGAGGAAGAGCACAUGGGAGGAGAGAAAGUCUUAAUGACAUGUGUUGGUAUUGGAUUUUGCAACCUCAGUAAAACUAUGAGAUAAAAAACAUCUACAGACUUGG